AUGCACGACACCACGACCACUGCCGGUAUGCUCUCCAAUGACAUUUACCAAUAUCAACAAGCCGAAACGUCCGCCGAAACGCGAAGCAAAUCCAACGUCUCGUACGACUGCUCCCACGUCCUCGACAACAACUCGCUGAGCGCCCUGCACCACGAUGACGACGAGGAUCAGGUCCAUCGGACUGCGAAUCAAGUGGCGGCCUCGUUUUCGAAGCAAAAAUUGAAGCAAGAAGCCCUGAAAAAGUUCGUUCCCGGCGAAGCCUGUGUGGUUUGUGGAGAUGCCGCCUCCGGCAUACAUUAUUCAGGUAAAUUUUUCUCUUUUUUUCUUCGAAUUUUAGGUGAAACAUGGAAAACCCCAAAAAUUCGUCGAUUUUUUAGGUAAAAAUUAGAUUUUUGGAUGUUGAUUGCGACUAAAGCGCUGUAAAUUUUAGUCUCAAGCUGUAACGGGUGUAAAACCUUCUUCCGGCGGGUCCUAAUCGAGAAUCGCACCUAUUCCUGCAAGGGCGAUGGGAAUUGUCCCAUCGAUAAGGACAUGAGAUGCUCCUGUCGCCAUUGUCGCUUCAAAAAAUGCCUUCAAGUGGGAAUGGAUGGAACUGGUAAGAAGCUUGUGGUAUUAUACAGGGAUUUGGAUAUGAAAUUGGUCGGAAUAAUUGGUGUUUUUUACUUUUUUUAAAAAAAGUUUUGGAUUUUUACCUGAUUUUUGUAAAAAAUCUCGUUGUUUGACAAAUUUUGAUGUUUUUUCUAAAUGUUUGUGGUCAGAAAAGAUGUAUUGCGGCUUAGAUAAGAUGUUAGACAUGUCAGAGACUUACUUUACAUUCAUUUUUUCUUUGUUUUUGCUAUUUUUUCUCGAUUUUCAGGCAUUUUUUGUCCAUUUCUUGAAUUUGACUGAUUUUUCUCGAAUUUUUGAAGCUGCCAUAUAUUUUAAAUCGUGUAUUUUACAGAGCUGAACAUUGAACGCCGAAGGAAACGAAAGAUUGUGGACACGCCGAAGUCCGAGACCUCAAUCAACGAGAUCCAAGACGACGUGGUCCGGGAUUUGGUCCUGAAAGAAAGAAAAUGUCUCAAAUUGCUGACCUCGACCCUCGCUCCGAUCCACGCGUCCAUCGACGAGGCCCUGAGCGACCCGAUCUCCACCUUCGACCAUUUCGAACAAUACGAAAGACAUCAGUUGGCCCCCGAAGACCAGAUGAACUUCUCCUAUUGGAGGGCCAAAAUCCUGUCGACGGUCAUCGAAUGGGCAAAAAGUUUCCCGGAAUUUCAAGUAAGUUGGCUUGGAGAUUGUUUUUUGAAGGUUUAGGGAGAUGUGGAAAAAAGAAAAACUUGAAUAUUCAAAUUUUUUUUUGUUGGAAAAUUUUUUUUUGAAUAUUCAAAAUUGGCUCUAAAAAUAUUGAAAAUAGUUGUUAAACACUUCAAAAAAAAUUUUUAUUUGAAAUUCCCUUCAAGUUUCAGAAAUUGCCCGAAAAAAAAUAAAAAUUUGAAUAUUCAAAUUUUUUGUUGGAAAAUUUUUUUUUGAAUAUUUCAAAUUUGGCUUUGAAAAUAGUGAAAAGAAUUGUUAAACUUAUCAAAAAAUUUUUUUUUUAUUUUGAAUUCCCUAGUUUAAGUCUCUAAUGUUCAAGCUUCAGAAAUUGUCCCGCCGCGACCGCGAAUCCCUAAUUGUCCACUCCUCCUUCUCCAAUCUGGUCCUCUCCGAAGCCUUCCACACCCCCGAACGUUUCACCGACCGCAUUGUUUUCCCCGAUGGCCUCAGUGGGUUCCGAAAUUUGACGGCCAACAUCCUCAAAGAGCGCUCCGGGCUGAUCCCAACCGUCGUAGCGGUCAUAAACAAUAUCCUGGUGCCUAUACGAAAAAUGAGGAUGACUGAGGUGGAAUAUGUCCUGUUACAGGCCAUCAUUUUCUUUGAUCGAGGUGAGAAUUGGCGGGGUAAUGAAAAAUUUUUUUGAUAAUGAAAAAUUUUGCACUGUGCGGGCGGUUUUAUAGGCUAAAAAUGGGACUGCACAGUGCAAAAAUUUUUUUAGACGGAUGAAAAAAAUAUGAUUGAAAAAAUUUUUAUGUAUUUUUUUUUUUUUUUUUUUUUUUUUGCACGGUGCAUAGCACUUUUUGGCCUAUCUUUGGUCUUUGCACUGUGCAGAUUUUCUUUUCAGUUUUUAAAAGUUGUGGUAUGUUCCAAAUGAUUAUAAUUUGAUGGUGUAUUAACUACUACGUCUACAGAGAAGGGAAUUACACAAAAAUUUAUUUGUUUGCACAGUGCGACAGUCUUAUUUUAAAAUUUUUUUGUCUUCGCACUGUGCAAGAUGAUUUUUGGAGGGAAAAUUGGUUUUUCCUAAGCAUUUUGGUUUAUUGUAUGUAAUUUGACUGCUUUCAGAAUGCAUAUCCCUCAGCGACGAGUGCAUAAAAAUCGUGCACGCCAAGCGAAAACAACUCUUGGAUUCGCUUCGAAGGCAUCUGGACAGUUUGUAUCCCAAAAAUGAGAGCGCUCACAGAUUCGCGGCGUUACUACUUAGGAUCUCGAAUGUACAUGUAAGUUUUGUACCGAUUUUUUUUGGAAAUUUUUGAAAAAUUCCGAAUUUUUCCAAAAAUUUUGGAGAUUUUUGGAAAUUUGCUUGAUUUUUGAAAUAAUAAUAAGGUAAAAAGUGUAGAAAGGGUGCUGAAAUAUUUUUAGCGUUAUAGUUGUCGAUUUCAGAAAGUAGCCGCCUUCAAACGCGAGACCUUGUGCACCAUCGAAACCUUCAACCUGAUGUCACCCCAUCCCCUAACAAUGGAGAUCUCAAAGAAAUACCCAGAUGUUUCUUUCUUCUAA